AUGCCCUCCCAGCCGGCGCCGCAGGGCGCCGAGUCCUGCCGCAGCGAAGGCGAGAAGGCGUUUCUCAAGUCGCCCAGCAUGCGCCGCGUGCUGUCCGUGCGGGACUACAUCAGGACCUGGCCGCUCAAGCCGGAGGCGAAACUGAUGUACGAGUGCUUCGCCGAGUUUUGGGGUACCAUGAUGAUCGCCGUGUUCGGGGUGGGGUCCGUGAACACGGCCAUAGCGGUGGGGGCGCACUCCGACCUGUGGCACGUGGCCAUGAUUUGGGGCUUCGGCGUGUCGCUGGCGAUUUACUGCACGGCGAGCGUGUCCGGGGCGCACCUCAACCCGGCGGUGUCCCUGGCAUUCGCCAUGUUCCGGGGCUCCCAGUUCCCCUGGUCCAAACUGGGGUGGUACUGGCUGGCGCAGAUGGCCGGGGGGGUGGCCGGUGGGGCGAUGAACUUCCUCAUCUUCUUCCCCUACAUAGGGCGCCAGGAGCGCCUGGAGCGGUUGGAGGAUCCCGGUUUCAGUCGCGGCGGCGGCGGCAGCGAGAUCAGCGCCAUGGUGUUUGGGGAAUACUAUCCGGCGCCGGACUGGGUGAGGGGCAACGAGCUGGAGGGCGAGGACGCCAGCAAGCUGGUCAGCACGCUGGGGGCGCUGUGCGUCGAGGCCUGGGGCACCGGGAUCCUGAUGUUCGUGAUCAUGGCCCUCACGGACGACAAGCAGAAGGUGCUAAUCCACAAGGAGAUGGUGCCGUUCAUGAUCGGCUUCACGGUGGCCGUGCUGAUCGGCUGCUACGCGCCGCUCACGCAGGCGGGAUGGAACCCGGCGAGGGACUUCGGCCCGAGGCUGGUGGCGGCGAUGGCGGGCUGGGGAAAGAUAGCCAUACCCGGCCCGAGGAACGGUUUCUGGGUCUACAUCCUGGGCCCCAUGCUGGGCGCCCCCCUGGGCGCUUUCGCCUACGUUAUGACGAUCGAGCCGGGGUUGAGAAUGGCCCAGUGA